AAGGGGAAAUUAAAGGGAAUAAACUUCAUACUGGACUCACUUUAUUGUUGUCUGUUUGGGGGAUCUCGCCUGAGUAUUAUGGGCCCAUUUUACUUACCCGUUUUCCUUUCAGCACCCAUACAUGACGAGAGAAGAAGGGGCUUUCUUCUUCUCUCAAAUUCUCUUGCGUACUAGAAUAAAAACCGAGUGCUAGGGUUACCUGUGGUUCCGUGCGUUUGUAACGGCUUCGCACGCGCGCAGCCAGAUCCUAUGAAUCCGAUUGGCUGAAUCCUGUAUUUUGAACCAAUCAGAUGCUAACGCGCGCAUUACGUGAAAUGCAUGUCUUAUUCGUUGUCCAGAAAAUUCGUCUUGGCAACAAGAAAAACAGACGACUCGAGAUGAAUUCUUGAACGGAACUCUUCGUGAAAAGAAAAAUUUAGAUAAUGAAUAAAGUGACUUAUUCUUAUUUCUGGGUUGCCAUCGCGGCGUGCAACACAGGAAUGGUUGGAAUGGAAAGAGGAAGUACGGAAUUUUGGAGUACCAGGAGUAGCGUAUCGCCGUACUUUUUGUUCGUCGCCAAGAGAAUCGUCCAGAUCGUGUGCUUGACGCUGUACUUCAUCGCUUUUUACAAAUUCAUCAAGUAUACUCAGGGAUGGUGGUUACAGUGGAGAAUUGCACACAAACCCGGGUAUGAUCCAAGGGCAGGCCAUAUGGGCGGCAGCCGAAGACUAACUCCCGACACGAAACCACACUCUACCAAGCAAUCAACUACUCUGUUUCUCUACGGCACAGGUAACCGAAACACCUGCAUUGCCACCAUACAGAUCUUCUCUCGAAUUUGGAUCAAUUCUACCAAGUUCAGCGGUUUCUUGUCACGUGCGCAUGCUCCUAACAAUAAUCCUGUGCCGGGCAAACGCCGCACUCGGCAGAUUAUUUCUAUGGUUGCCAUGGACACGGAGCGCUGGCUAUUUCCAAGAGCAGCUUUCCGUGGAGCAAUAAAUAAUCAGAUUAUGGGGACCAGACUAAUGCAACCGCUGACAAGGACCGGCGGCGCAAGACUUUGCUCCUUCUCUGACUCAAGUCGGAACCAUUACCCUUCAAGCGUAGCGACAUUUAAACCAAACGUAGCUCUCGAGUUUGAUAUCGACAAAGACUUUGCGGAUGAUGCCCCUGUGAUGGGCCACGAUAGCUCGGAUGAUAAUGUGCCUGAAUGGGACUAUAUUAGGCCGGUGCUGUGUUGCGGGGGACUUGCGUUUGCUCUUUAUGUUGCAUACCGAUAUAUCAGAUAAUUAUAUAACAACAAUGAACGCUGCACGCUACUAACUAGACCAACAACGACAGUAUUGAAAAACGCAAGACUAGUUCCAGUACCGCGGUUAAACCAGCCUUUUUGUUUUGAAAUGGCGGCGUUUUACCGGCGAACUGUCACAUUUUGGCGAAUGCUAAGAAAACUAGAUAAAACCUAAGGCUAAAUUUUUCAUUAUGACUCCCUCAUUAUCAAGCAAAUUUGUCAUCUUUUGUAAAGUAU